GUCGUCGAAUGUGACGUUCGCCAAGAAAACAACACAAAUAUUCGUCAGUGUGAACGAAUUUUCGAGUUUUUUUCGAAAAUCCGGCCGAUUCCAGAUGGUUGUCGUUUGUCGAGCGAUUAAAUAAAAUUAAGGGAAAAUGCGGUUUUUAGGGAUAACGUUCGUCAGCUUCUUGCUGACCGCCACGGUCGUGGCCAACGCUUAUUACCAGAAGAAACAGUUCUACCCCUCUGUGGUGUAUAUUACGAAAUCCAACCCUUCUAUGGCAGUUAUAUAUAUUCAGGCCUUCAUAGGGGUUUGGAUACUCGGGAAGCUCAUGAGGAAGAUAUUCUUUGGACAGUUACGUACUACGGAGUUUGAGCAUUUAAUGGAGAGAUCCUGGUACGCCAUCACCGAGACCUGUUUGGCUUUCACGGUAUUUCGGGACGAUUUCACCCCGAAAUUCGUGGCCCUUUUCACCCUUUUGCUAUUUUUAAAAUCCUUCCACUGGUUAGCGGAGGACAGGGUGGAUUAUAUGGAAAGGAGUCCGGUCAUUAGUUGGCUGUUCCACUUUAGGGUGCUCAGUUUACUGUUGCUCCUUGCAGGGUUGGAUUUCUACUUUAUCAGUCACGCCUAUAGUUCGACUGUGACAAAGGGUGCCUCAGUGCAGUUGGUAUUCGGCUUCGAAUACGCGGUUUUACUCACUGUGGUGCUGAAUAUAGCGAUCAAAUAUGCGCUACAUUCGGUGGAUUUGAACAGUGAGACCCCCUGGGAUAACAAGGCGGUUUUCCUGCUUUACACCGAGCUGGUGAUGGGAUUCAUCAAGGUGAUCCUGUAUGUGGCCUUCGUGGCUAUCAUAGUGCGAAUCUACACGCUACCGUUGUUCGCGUUUCGGCCGAUGUACUACACCAUCCGGAACUUCAAGAAGGCCUUCAGUGACGUCAUAUUAUCCCGAAGGGCGAUCCACAACAUGAACACCCUGUACCCGGACGCCACCCCCGAGGAACUGGCCGCAGCCGAUAACGUUUGCAUCAUUUGCCGCGAGGAGAUGGUCACUGCGUCGAAAAAGUUGCCGUGCAACCACAUUUUCCACACCUCGUGUCUCAGGUCGUGGUUCCAACGUCAACAAACCUGCCCCACGUGCCGCCUCAACAUCCUACGCGCCCCCGCCCCUCCCACCAACAACAACAUCCCGGGGGCACAACCGGCCGCCGCCCCCGCCCCCAACCCCUUCUUCAACGUCUUCGGCGGCGCCGCCCCCAACCCGUUCAACUUCCACUUCAACCAGCCGCCCGCGCAAAACAACGCGGCCGCCGCCCCUCAGGAGGCCGCCCCACCUCCGGCGGGCUCCGCGCCCGCGCAACCCCCUCCACCGACUUUCGUGCCGCCCCCGUUCGGCGCCAUGCCGCCCUUCCCGUUCCCCACUCCCUUCCCGGCUCCUUUUAUGGCCCCGCCCCCCGUGCCGCCCGUCGACUUGAGCGGACUGAGCGAGGAGGAGCUGAGGAUGAUGGAGGGGAGUGAGAGGGAGCACAUCGAGGCGAGGGUGCGUUGUUUGAGGAACAUCCAGACGCUGCUGGACGCGUCGGUGCAGAUGAUGCAGCAGUACAUGGUUGCCGCCAGUUUGCCCAGAAGUGCGCAUGCGGGCAGUAGUAACUCUGAGGGUCAAGGGAGUGGGGUGGCUGCCGCCCCCGCGAUGGCCAACGGGGGUGGGGGGGAGGAGGCGGCGGCCCCCGGACCUUCCGGAAGUUCUGCAGGCGUAUCAAAACAAAAAAACGCCACCACUGAAUCGAACGGCUUAAGCAACAACGUCGAGCCAGUGGCGUCCGUCACCCCUGAGGAAGAAAUCAGAAGACGAAGGUUACAAAAGUUCUUGCAAGGAGAACAACAACAGCAGCAGCAACAACAACAACAACAAGAAUAAAUAAAUAAACAAUUUAAUAAAUAAAUAAAUAAAGUGUUAAAUACAGGGAUGUUCGGCCCUUUUUUAGCGUUCGUAAGAAACAAAGACUUACUACUUACUACUAUACAGUGCGAGGCUGAUGGAUGGAUGAUUUUUUUUUUAAUAUUAAAUUUUUUAUAGUCCGAACCUGUUUGACUGUAAAAAAAUCGUGAUUUUCUGGUUAUUGUUGAUGCUUUUAUUUAUAAUUUGUUUUUUUUUUAAAUAAUUCCGGUCCUGUAUUAUAAUAGCUGAUAAUAACGAUAUAAAUAUGGUAAAUGUGUAAAAUGCGUUUAUAGUUAUUUUUAGGAUUUUAUAUUUAUUAAGGGAGAUGUACAUGAUCACUAUAAUAUAUUAUAUUUCUUGAACGGAAAA